AUGAGCCAAUUGACUUCCAAGAAGAUAUCAGGGCAUGUUUCUCGGAUGGAAAAGGCCCGAGAUCCGUCCAAAUUCAAGGCGAGGACGAGGUACUCCGGACGGAUCAAUAAGCAAAAUACAAUGGCUACCACUACAAUCGAACCCACCGCAGUUCAAACUCCUGCUGUAGACCUUGAACAAUACGCCUAUAAAACCCUUAAGCACUACGUCCACCCACCGGAAACCAAAGCCAAUCUCCCCUGGUCUGAGCUGGUUACCCUUGACCUCGAAGACUACCAUCGGCCAGGAGGCAAAGAACGUCUUGCCAAACAACUCGAACAUGCCGUCCACCACGUUGGCUUCUUCUACGUCAAGAACUUUGGUCUAACCCAAGAACAAGUAGACCAGCAGUUCACUCUGGCACAGAAUUUCUUUGAACUGCCGGUUCAAGAAAAAGAGAAAUACGAAGUCAACUAUGGCGAAGCUGACUACAAUGGCUGGCGUAGACCAGGCCGGUACGUGGGCGCCAAUAAUACCAGAGAUAAUAUAGAGAUGUACAACAUCCCCAAAUUCACCAAGGAUUUCGAAGGGAAAUAUAAUCAUCCAGAUCUGAUCAAGGCUCAUUUACCGGAAAUUGAGACAUUCCACCGAGCUUUGCAUGCGAAUGUCGUGCUACCGUUGUUGCGACUCUUUGCAAUUAUUCUAGAAUUGCCUGAUGAAGAUUACCUCGUCAAGCAACACACUUACGAGGAGAAAAGUGAAGAUCACUUCCGAUACAUGCUAUAUCAUCCUCGUACAGAAGAGGAAUGGGAAGCAAACAAUUAUGGCAAGGGGGGCGGCCACACUGAUCUCGGUACCGUCACUUUACUCUUCCGUCAACCUGUUGCCGGUCUCCAGAUCUUGGGUGAGGAUAAUAAUUGGACUUGGGUCUCUGCUCAACCUGGUACAAUCACUGUCAAUCUCGCAGAUACAAUCUCACAUUUGACGGGUGGUUGGUUGAAGAGUUCUGUGCACCGGGUCGUGGCACCCCCGGAGGAUCAACGACAGUAUAAGCGGACGGGUUUGCUUUAUUUUGCUCGCCCACAUAACAAGACUGUACUUGUGCCCAUUACAGAUUCUCCGGUCUUGCAGAAAUCUGGAGUGAAGCCACGAUUUGAGAAGUUGGUGACUAUGGAAGAAUGGGUUAGGGCUAAACAGACUCUGCAGCUUAAUCCUGAGAUUGCGAAGAAACGUUGGGCGGAGAAGGGGGAUGGAACUGUAGAAGUUCUUGCGGGAUUCCAUGAUAGGAAGUACAAGGAGUAAAUCCGGCCUUUCCCUUGAAGUUAUAUGCCCUGCCAGUGAGCUCAUGCAGAAGUUAAGUCUGCAAAUAGCUUAAACAAUGUGACACGGAGCUUUUGGAUCAGUCAAUGUAUAGGGCUUAUAGAUCGCUUUAAGCACAUAAUUUGCUUACUUCAGCAAUACAGGAACACGCACGUAUCGUGUA